AUGGUCAUGACCUGUCCAAGAAGAACCAAGAUAGAGAAGAUCGAACAUCUUAGUAGCAGGCAAGUCACCUUCUCCAAACGCCGAAAGGGGUUGUUCAACAAGGCAGGAAAAUUUUCAGUUCGAUGCGGUGCAGAGAUUGCAGUCAUAGUUUUCUCCAACACCAAAAAGAUGUACCAGUUCUCAAGCCCCAGCAUGGAACACAUUCUUUCAAGAAGGAACAGAGUCAUGAAGGAACGUGCCGGCGGCUCCGUAAUGGAGUCUCCAGAAAAGAAGAGCCAACAUGAGGCGCCGAGUUUAUCAUCUGAUAGUUUGAGCGCAAUAGCAGCGGUACUGCAGGAAGAAAACAGAGCCCUAAACUUGGAUGGCUCGAGGUUGAAGGGUUUGGAGUUGGAUGGCAUGAGUUUGAGAGAGCUGAAUGAGCUAGAGAAACAAAUAAGGGAAGGAAUAGAAUCAAUUGAGAAAAGGAAGAUUGACGUGGAAAACUACUACCAGCAGCCCGUAUACAUGCUUGAAGAUUCAGACCGUUUGGAUGGGAAUACUAGCAAUUUUUUCUCUGGUACAAGCUCAAGUGCCAUAUCAGAUUGUAUUGAAUCAGAGCUAAGUAAACAGUUUGUAGAUACUUGUUUGCACUUGUGA